AGGCAGAGAGCAGCAGUUCAGGCAGAAUCCAAGGAGCAGCAAAAUCGACGUUUCGGGCAAAAGCCCUUCAGAAGCCGGUCUUAACAACACCAAGUUCCUCAAUUCAACCUUUCCUUUAGCAGGUUAUUUGCUGAACUCUGGCGCAAUCAAACAUUUACGAUAUCUCAUUAAGACAUCGAUUUUCCAUCAUCGGCUUCUCGAAAAUCUGUCCAACCCGGAAAUGUACCAAAUAGUUUGACUGUAACAAGUGGAGCAGGAGCACCCUUUUUUCUAAGCAGGGCUGAUUUCCGAAUAAGUGAACAUGUCCACAGAUACCACCCCAUGGAGUUCCAAGACUCAGAGCCCAGUUUCAAAAUUGAUUGACAAGUCCAAAGAGUCACCUUUUGUUCCAAUUGGCAUGACUGGAUUUGCAGCAAUAGUUGGAUUGGGACUUUAUAAACUGCGAACCAGAGGGAACACCAAAAUGUCUGUGCACCUUAUACACACCCGUGUGGCUGCACAGGCAUGUGUAGUGGGAGCUGUGACCUUCGGUGUCCUGUAUUCCAUGUACAAAGAAUAUGUGGUGAAGCCAAGAGAAGCAAAUCUCUCUAAGUAAAUCUCCUCACUGUGAUAUGCUGCAUAUAUUUAUGUAUUAUUAUUAAUGUCCCACUUGGUAUUGAGAUGUCUUGAAGCAAUGACAUCCUCACAAAUGGUUUAACAUGAAAUGUAUUUUUCCAAAGGUUGGCAGUUUCAUAUUUUGCACACUCGCUUUUCUUUGCACUGAGAAUUUUCUGUUCAUUAAU